AUGGCUUUAUUAAAUAGCUGCGAGAUUACAGGAGUCAAAGCAGUUUCGUGCCUUAUUGUAGGCAUGUUUGAUAAUGUGGUCAAAACUGGAUCUAAGGCGGGCGAUCAUCAAUCACCUGAGUCCUUGUAUGGAUACCUUUGUACCUUGGAUACUGCGUCAUCUGGCAUAUCCAGAGGUCAUGAUGUUGGUCGACAUACGUCAAGACACAAAUCUGGCAAUUUCAGAAGGGACAAUACAACUUCCAAACAAGCCGUAGACAUCAAUGGAAUUUCAUCUUUCGCCUACGUGGAUUUGGGAAGCUCCUGCACUACUAUUCGUCAACAGGAAGCGGAACGGUUAGCUUUAGUAAUUGAUGCCACCGAGAAAACCGUUCUACAUGGCUAUGGCAACGGGCGCACCCCUACAAUAGGUACCACAAGUUUCCGAAUCAAAGUGGAUGAUGUGGAAACAACCGUAUCUGCCCAUAUUGUGGCUAACGUAGCUCAGGAGAUACCAAUUUUGCUGGGCAGGAAUUUCACAGAAGUCCCAGACUUACUUGUCAUCAAAGAUGAUAUUUCAUUGACAUUUUUCAGCAGGAGCCUAGGAGAAAUAAAUGCAAUAGACACAGAACCAAAUGAUUCAAAAAUUAUACUUUGGAUUGCAGAAAACACUACAAUACUGCAAAAUCACAUGUUCAGGUUGAUAGUGAUUCCUAUGAAGAAAGUGUUGAAAAUACCCUAUACCUCAAACAAUAAAACCCCAACCAGUCAAGAUAACCAGGAAAACGCUGUCGCGACUCCAAACAGGCCCGUCGCUCCCUCCACAUCAAACGAGUGUGACAGAACUGACAAUGAUAAUGACAGUUUUAGUGACAGCAGUGAAAAUAACUUUUAUGACUGUAUACAAAAUAACAAGCAACAGAUAGACAGUUGUGAUAAACCGACUAACGUCCCAUUGACCGCAUUAAACAAAGACACUAAUAAUCAUUCUUUUAAUAGGUUUGGUCCGGAGUCUGCAAAAGUACCGCCACAGCAUUGCAAAAAUCCCUGUGAAGAGCAACCACCAUCAUUAGAAGCAAUGCCAGCCAAACCAAGCAACUCCGAAGUCACAAAAUUAGCUACAGGUGCUACAACAAAGCGCCCAGCCAUUGUGAGCAAAAAGCAAGAGAGACCCCAAGAAAGUGAAGCUGAACCCCAAGCCAGCACAGCAAGGCACGACAGUCUUGGAAGCAGACGCCCCAGCCGAUUACGGAGGCCACCAUCGUACUUGAAGGAAUACAACGUAAAUUCCGAAGAAGAAGAAUACACUUAG